CUGCGGAUCCAGCCCCUCCGCACCCCCAGAGACGAGAACAUUUAUGAAUGCAUUGCCCAGAAUUCUGUUGCCGAGAUCACAGUCACCGCCAAACUCACCGUCCUGAGAGAGGACCAGCUGCCUCCCGGCUUUCCGAACAUCGACAUGGGCCCCCAGCUGAAGGUGGUGGAACGGACGAGGACGGCGACCAUGCUGUGUGCAGCUAGCGGGAACCCGGACCCCGAGAUCACGUGGUUCAAGGACUUCCUGCCCGUCCACCCUAGCGCUAGCAACGGAAGGAUAAAGCAGCUGAGAUCAGGUGGCCUGCAGAUCGAAAGCAGCGAAGAGACCGAUCAAGGGAAAUACGAAUGCGUGGCUAGCAACAGCGCCGGGGUGCGGUACUCAUCACCCGCAAACCUAUACGUGAGAGUUCGCCGCGUGGCCCCUCGCUUUUCCAUCCUGCCCGUCAGCCACGAGAUCAUGCCCGGCGGCAACGUGAACAUCACCUGUGUGGCCGUUGGCUCGCCCAUGCCGUACGUGAAGUGGAUGCAGGGGGCGGAAGACCUGACCCCGGAGGACGACAUGCCGGUCGGCCGGAACGUUCUGGAGCUGACGGACGUGAAGGACUCCGCCAACUACACUUGCGUGGCCAUGUCCAGCCUGGGAGUAAUCGAAGCCGUCGCACAGAUAACCGUGAAAUCACUCCCCAAGGCACCAGGGACUCCCGUGGUGACAGAGACCACUGCAACGAGCAUCACAAUCACCUGGGACUCGGGGAAUCCUGACCCGGUGUCUUACUACGUUAUUGAGUACAAAUCAAAGAGCCAAGAUGGUCCGUACCAGAUCAAAGAAGACAUCACCACCACACGCUACAGUAUCGGGGGGCUCAGCCCCAAUUCAGAAUACGAGAUUUGGGUGUCGGCCGUGAACACUAUCGGGCAGGGCCCCCCGAGCGAACCUGUCGUGACCAGAACUGGAGAGCAGGCCCCGGCCAGCGCCCCGCGGAAUGUUCAAGGUCGCAUGCUGAGCGCCUCCACCAUGAUAAUCCAGUGGGAUGAGCCCGAGGAGCCAAAUGGGCAGAUCCGAGGCUACCGGGUCUACUACACCAUGGAACCGGACCAGCCCGUCAGUAACUGGCAGAAACACAACGUCGACGACAGCCUCCUGACCACAGUGAGCAGCCUUCUGGAAGGGGAAACGUACACGGUGCGGGUCUUGGCUUUCACUUCGGUAGGAGACGGGCCCCUCUCGGAUCCCAUCCAGGUGAAAACGCAGCAAGGAGUUCCUGGGCAACCAAUGAAUUUCCGAGCAGAAGCCAAAUCCGAGAGCACUAUUUUAUUGACGUGGAGUCCUCCCCGCCAGGAUUUGAUCGUGAAGUAUGAACUUAUCUACAAAGGAGAGAACCAAAAGGAGGUUUCGAAGACUUUUGACCCCACGUCUUCGUUCACUGUGCGAGACCUGAAACCCAACACAGAGUAUGUCUUCCAGCUGGCCGCUCGUUCCGCUUUGGGCCUUGGGGCCUACACCCCGGAGGUCAGGGAGCGCACCCUGCAGUCUAAACCGUCUGCCCCCCCUCAAGACGUAAAAUGCGUCAGCGUCAGAUCCACAGCCAUUCUGGUAAGUUGGCGACCUCCUCCGGCCGAGAGCCAAAACGGAGUCUUGGAUGGAUAUAGCGUCCGCUAUCGAGCCUUGGACUCAGAGGACACGGAACCGCGCGAGGUGAACGACAUUGCCCCGUCAACCAAUCAGAUCCUCCUGGAAUCACUGGAGAAGUGGACAGAAUACCGCGUCACCAUCGCAGCACAUACGAAGGUGGGGCCAGGCCCUGAAAGUGCUCCGGUCAUCAUUCGUACUGAUGAAGAUGUGCCUAGCGCCCCACCUCGCAAGGUGGAAGUGGAGGUUCUGAACUCGACUGCCAUCCAAGUGUUCUGGCGAUCGCCCAUCCAGAACCGCCAGCACGGGCAGAUACGUGGCUACCAAGUCCACUACGUGUGCAUGGAGAACGGAGAGGCCAAGGGCUUGCCCCAGAUCAAGGAUGUGAUGCUGGCCGACGCUCAGUGGGAAACCGAUGACACUGCGGAAUAUGAAAUGGUCAUCGCUGGGUUGCAGCCAGAGACGACCUACUCGAUCACGGUAGCCGCGUAUACGAUGAAAGGGGACGGUGCCCGUAGCAAACCCAAGCUGGCUACGACAAAGGGAGCAGUCCCAGGGAAGCCAAUCCUAUCUGUCCACCAGACUCAAGAAAACACCCUCCUUGUGAAAUGGGAACCUCCCUUGGAUGCGGAAGGCCAGGUGUUGGGGUACCGCCUGCAGUUUGGCCGCAGAGACAUCGAUCCCUUGGCCACGUUGGAGUUUACGGCCGAGGAGGAUAAGUACACCGCCACCAACACCCACAAGGGCGCCACGUACGUUUUCAAGCUGGCUGUGAAAAGCCGGGCCGGUUUCGGGGAGGAAGCCUUGCAGGAGCUCACCAUCCCGGAAGACGCGCCCAAAGGUUACCCCCAAAUCCUCGAGGCCAGCAACGUCACCUCCAGGUCGCUGCAGUUCAACUGGCUGCCCCCCGUCAUGGCUGAGAGGAACGGGAUGAUCGUCAAGUAUACCGUGGCCUACCGGGAGGCCGGGUCUUCCGGCAACCCCCAGGAAAAAGAACUCCCCCCGUCUCCCGAGAACUCGUACGUGUUGAACGGCCUCAAGCCCAACACCGCCUACGAUGUUAAAAUCCGGGCCCACACCAGUAAAGGCCCCGGGCCGUUCAGCCCGACUGUCCAAUACCGGACAUUCCUUCUGGACCAAGUUCUGCCCAAGAACUUCAAAGUGAAGAUGGUCACCAAGACGUCGGUUCUCCUGGGAUGGGAGUUCCCCGAAAAUUACAACUCUCCUAUUCCGUACAGGAUCCAGUAUGACAACGGUGGCAAAGACAUUGAGGUGGACGGCCGCGCGACCAAGAAGCUAAUCACAAACCUGAAGCCCCAGACUCACUACCGCUUCAUCCUGACCAACCGCGGGAACACCAUGGGGGGUCUCCAGCAAAAUGUGGACGCCCGGACCGCAGCCCACCUGCUGGGCAAGAAGCCGGAGCUGACCUUCGGCCACGACAUGGACGGCAACGUGCUGGUGAACCUGGCGGACGCCAAGAGCUCAGACUCGGCUGUGCAGGCAUAUUACGUUGUGGUGGUUCCCUUAAAGAAAUCCAGGAGUGGACAGUUCCAGAACCCAUACAACAGUCCUGAAGAAAUGGACUUGGAAGAGCUGAUCCAGGACAUCGCUAGGCUGCAGCGCCGGAGCCUACGCCACUCCCGCCAGCUGGACCUCCACAAGCCCUACAUCGCCGCCCGCUUCCUCUCCCUGCCCAGCUUCUUCAUCCUCGGGGACAUGAAGGCUUACGAAGGGUUCGAGAACAAGCCCCUGGAGGCGGGGCAGAAGUACGUCGUCUUCGUCUUGGCGGUGCUGCGGAACGCCGAAGCUACGUAUGCAGCCAGCCCCUUCUCAGACCCUUUCCAGAUAGACAACCCUGACCCACAGCCGAAGAUCGACGGAGAGGAGGGCUUGAUCUGGGUGAUCGGGCCGGUCCUGGCCGUGGUCUUCAUCAUCUGCAUCGUCAUCGCCAUCCUGCUAUACAAAAAUAAACGGAAAGACUCCGAGCCUAGGAUCAAGUGCAUGCUGAACAACGCCGAGAUCGCCCCCCACCACCCAAAGGAUCCCGUGGAGAUGAGACGCAUCAAUUUCCAGACACCAGGUAUGCUCAACCACCCACCAAUCCCGAUUUCAGAACUGGCGGACCACACGGAGCAUCUCAAAGCCAAUGACAACCUGAAGCUGUCUCAGGAGUAUGAGUCCAUCGACCCAGGUCAGCAGUUCACUUGGGAACACUCCAACCUGGAAGUGAACAAACCCAAAAACCGGUACGCCAACGUGAUCGCCUAUGACCACUCCCGAGUCAUUCUGCUGCCGAUUGAAGGUUGUUUUGGCCGCUCUGAUGCAGGGAUUGUGGGCAGCGAUUACAUUAAUGCAAACUACAUCGACGGCUACCGGAAGCAAAACGCCUACAUCGCCACGCAGGGCCCCCUGCCAGAGACCUUCGGGGACUUCUGGCGCAUGGUGUGGGAACAGCGGUCCGCUACGGUGGUGAUGAUGACCAAGCUGGAGGAGAAAUCGCGGAUAAAGUGUGACCAAUACUGGCCAGGCCGGGGCACAGAGACGUACGGCAUGAUCCAAGUCACCCUGCUAGAUACCAUCGAGCUGGCCACAUUCUGCGUCCGGACGUUCUCCCUUCACAAGAAUGGCUCCAGUGAGAAACGUGAGGUCCGCCAGUUCCAGUUCACGGCCUGGCCCGAUCACGGCGUCCCAGAGUAUCCAACCCCGUUCCUGGCCUUCCUCAGAAGAGUGAAAACCUGCAACCCUCCUGAUGCCGGCCCCAUCGUGGUGCACUGCAGCGCGGGGGUCGGCCGGACAGGCUGCUUCAUCGUGAUCGACGCCAUGUUGGAGAGGAUAAAACACGAGAAGACCGUGGACAUUUACGGGCACGUGACUCUCAUGAGGUCGCAGAGGAACUACAUGGUGCAGACGGAGGACCAGUACAGCUUCAUACACGACUCCUUGCUAGAAGCUGUCGCCUGCGGAAACACAGAAGUCCCCGCUCGGAAUCUGUACACCUACAUCCAGAAGUUGGCACAGAUCGAAGUCGGGGAACACGUCACGGGCAUGGAGCUGGAGUUCAAGAGACUUGCCAACUCCAAAGCCCACACUUCAAGGUUCAUCAGCGCCAACCUCCCAUGUAAUAAAUUCAAGAACCGCCUGGUCAAUAUCAUGCCAUACGAAACCACGCGGGUUUGCCUCCAGCCUAUCCGGGGAGUUGAGGGCUCCGACUACAUCAACGCCAGCUUUAUCGACGGAUACAGGCAACAGAAAGCGUACAUCGCCACCCAAGGGCCAUUGGCAGAAACCACAGAGGACUUCUGGCGCAUGCUUUGGGAGAACAAUUCUACCAUCGUGGUGAUGUUGACCAAACUUCGAGAGAUGGGUCGGGAAAAGUGCCAUCAAUACUGGCCGGCAGAGCGCUCCGCAAGGUACCAGUACUUUGUGGUCGACCCCAUGGCCGAGUACAACAUGCCUCAGUACAUCCUCCGGGAGUUCAAGGUCACCGAUGCCAGGGACGGGCAGUCGCGGACCGUCCGCCAAUUCCAGUUCACCGACUGGCCGGAGCAAGGCGUGCCAAAAUCCGGGGAAGGCUUUAUCGAUUUCAUCGGGCAGGUACACAAAACCAAGGAGCAGUUCGGACAAGACGGCCCGAUUUCUGUCCACUGCAGUGCGGGCGUGGGGAGGACCGGCGUCUUCAUCACCCUGAGCAUCGUGCUGGAACGGAUGCGCUACGAGGGAGUGGUGGACAUUUUCCAGACGGUGAAGAUGCUGAGGACACAAAGACCCGCCAUGGUGCAGACGGAGGAUGAAUAUCAGUUCUGUUAUCAAGCAGCGCUGGAGUACCUGGGCAGUUUUGAUCACUAUGCAACAUAAAAAACAAACGAACAAACACACAAAAAGCCAUCCAUCUUGCGGACUUUUUACCACUUAAAGUCCCGGAAGGCCCCUUCCCAGCUGG